GUCGAGACUUUGAUUUUUGCUGGAGCCAUCCAAUUUUUUUUUUUUAAAAAAAAAACUCUGACAACUAACAUUUUUAAGAACAUUUUAGGGUGAAAUCAUACAGUGGUAUAGAGUUGGAGGAUGGCUCGCAUAAUUCAUUGAGGUGCUCCUGAAAGUGGCCGGGUAAUCGGGUGUUUAAAGAACCCGGAUUCUUAAAACCCCAAUCUAUAUAUUUCAGCAAUGGCGGGGGAACGAAUCUUCACGAGCACCUGACCUGAAGAAGAAAAUCCUUACAUCAAACAGAGAGAAACAAAAGAAAAAUGGAUUCAAAUGCUAUUGUAAUAGCAUCUUCAUCAUCAUCAGAACCCAUGGAUUUUGAAACUUUUCGAAGUCGAGUUGCGGAGCUCAGAGAUGUUCAUAGAAGUUGUACGGAAGAUUCCCAAAUCGACCCUUCAGAACUGGAAAAGCUCUGUAAUGACUACUCUCAUGAACUGGGGAGCAAGAUGGAUAAAAUGAUGUCUGAUACUUUGGAUAUUAACUCAUUAUCCAUGGAAGAUUUGGAGGAAUUCUCGGAGCAUUUGAAGAAAGAGCUGAAUGCAGCACAGAAUGAAAAUGCUAAAAUUGAGAAUGAAAUUGAGGAGCUUUCAAGGAGAUAUGAGGAAGACUCUGGAAAAUUUGAGUGUGAGCUUGAAGGUUUGAAUGGUUCCUUGGAUUUUAUCGAGCAGCAGGGCUUACAAACAAGAGAUGUUGGUUCUCAGGUGGAUUACUCUACACACGGCAAGGAUGAGGAUAAUAUGUUCAAGACAUGUGAAGGUUCUAACUUUAAGGUUCUAGAACUCAGUCAUCAGAUUGAGAAGAAUAAAGUUACUCUGAAGACCUUGCAAGAUCUUGAUCACAAAAUCAAAAGAUUCGAAGCCGUAGAAAAGAUUGAGGAUGCGUUUUCAGGUCUCAAAGUUGUAGAAUUUGAAGGGAACUUGUUGAGAUUGUCCUUAAAAACAUAUAUCCCUGCGGCAGAAAGCAUUUUGUGCCUGAAAAAGGUAGAAGAUCUCAUAGAACCAUCAGAAAAGUAUCACGAAUUGCUUAUAGAACUUCUUGAUGGGACCAUGGAGCUUUCAAGUGCGGAGAUUUUCCCCAAUGAUGUAUAUAUUGGUGAAAUUGUGGAUGUGGCAAAGUCUUUCAGACAGCUUUAUCCUACUUUGCUAGCAUUGGACAGCAGAUCUUCGUUAGAGUGGUUUGUCAGAAGAGUUCAAGAUCGAAUCAUCAUUAGCACGUUAAGGUGCUUUGCUGUAAAAUGCGCAAAUAAGUCAAGGUCAGCCGCAAGGAUUUUCCUCAUGCAUGCUUUGCAUAAGUUUUUAUGAAUGGGAAGUAUAAACUACAAUUUCAUAUAAUACAACGCUAUAUUUCUUUGUUUUCCUAUUUAACUUAUUGUAAUUCCUCUCAACAAGAUGGCUCUCUAAAACUAUCACGUGCCUCCAACAUCAAAAUCUUUACAAUCCCUUUCUUUUUCUCCAAUACCACUCUUGAAAAGAACUUUCAAUUUCUCCUUCGUGUUUAUUUUGCAUAUUAACUUCUGUUAUUCACAAACCAAUACUACUGUAAGAUAUCUUUCUUGGGCUCUCUUAAAUAUACAAUUCUAUGAUGAGCAUGAGGGGAUCCUUUUUCUUUUGGUUGAUAAUAACUAGAUUGGUUACACAGUUCAUGAAGGGAAAAAGUAGAAGAAAGGAAUUUGGCAGUCCCUGAGUUCAUUUGUUGUUCCAUGUUAAGUGGAACCUUUUCUAGAUGAGAAAGUCAUGAACUAAAUUACAAAUAUUUUCUUAAGAGAAUGUUAAUUUUAAUUUCUGCGUAAGGUUACUGCUGAGAAGGAAAAUAUAAGUUCAAAGACUCUUAGUAAGAAGAGACAAAGGUGCUGGUUUAUCGAAUUUUCUAGCAUUAAUGACAAGAAAGACUACAAAGAUCCAUGACUUUUUAUUGCACAUGUGCUGUUGUGAUUUUGAUACGAUUUUGCAAAAUGGUGUGACGGAAGUAUUUAAUAUUGCUUUUUUGUUGCAAUGGACUAAUGAUUACUUCAAGUGUUUGCAUCCAUGAGCUAAAACAGGCCUUUGAUGCUAAUCAACUGCAGUGAAAGUUAAAGAUGGCUAACAAACAUAUCGAAGCGUUAGUAAAUUAGAGAUAUUAUCUUGAAUGAAAAUUGCUUUCAUUUUUGUUAGUGCAAAUUUUCAUGUAUGCUCCAAAUAAACAUUUACAGUAUGGAUUUUCUGCAUUUUACAAUAUGGUUUUUUUAUAGUAUCUGUAUGAGCAUUACAGUUCUUUUUAACUAUUUCAAAGCAGACGGCGCUUUCUGCGUGCCACUUUCUCUGCAUGCCACUACAGCUUUAGGUUUCUUUGAGUGGUUCCUUAUGUAUGAUAAUUUGUUAGCAAUGCAGGCACUCAUUUGAAUACUUGGACAGAGAUGAGAUUAUAGUGGCUCAUAUGGUUGGUGGAAUUGAUGCUUUUAUUAAAAUUGCUCAAGGUUGGCCUAUAUCCAGUGUGGCUUUGAGUCUGCUGACCCUCAAGAGUUCAAGCAACUACUCCAAGGAAAUUUCUCUCAGUUUCCUUUGCAAAGUUGUGGUAAGUCGUGUUUCAGUUAUAUCUUUUUGAAUGUGUUAAACUUUUGCAAAUUCCGUCCUGGAAACUGUUUUGUUUGGUUUCUGCUCAUAUGUUCCAAGCAUCUCUUGGAAUCUUGACUGUUUUUGUUAGCUUAAGUUUUCGUCCAUAGUUUUAUAAUCAAAUCUAGUCAUGUUUAGCAGUUUGAGUUCUCAGUUGGUACCAGCUAAUUUACAUUACAGUUUACAUCUCUUCAUUAGUAGAUACCAAUUGCAGGAAAACAAUAGGGAUUCCUGCAGAUAUUUUACGUAUUCCAAAAUUGUGAAUGUCUUUUGGCCAUUUCUAGAUUAGUCUACCUACUAAAAUGGUUAGUGUAUUACCGCUCCUUCCCAUGAACAAAUGUAAUGAUCCUCGUGAUUACUACCCCCAUUGGCCAUUGGUAUUUUUGUGCUUGUAUAUCACUAUGGCAAGAUUUUUUCUUUACAGCAAUGGGCUAAAGGGAAAAAUCUUGUCAACAUUUGCAGCCAAACAAUGUUACUCUAGUACAUGUUUCAUCAUUUCUUCAUAAUAAACUGUUGAUCAGACUCCCUGUUGCUUUAAUAAGGAUAUGGCAAAUUCCAUAGAUGAACACCAAAGGCAGGACAUCUUGAGUUUCGCUGAUGGUAUUGAAGGAAUCCUCUUGCAACAAACGCGCUCAGAAGUUCAACCCGAUAGUACCAAUUAGAGUUCAUUUUUACACCGCGUGGUCUUGUUGUCUUGGUUUGGUGGUAAUGUUAUGAACUUUUACUUCACUGUUUUGCGAGGUAUCAAUGUUGUACGAAUUGUAAGUUAUACUAUCAUCCUUCUAAGAGCUAAUUUGAAUUAAUUUUACCCAAUUGUAAGUCACCUUUUCCCGAGACUAGUUUCUCUGUUUUAUUUCGUGUUCCAUUUGCGAAAAAAUGUGAUUAAUUUUUAACUGCUCUCGCC